AUGAAAUCGACGUUUGCGGCGUGGGCAGCUCUGCUGCCCCUGGCGGCCUCCAUUUAUUUCAAUGGCUCCAUGAUUGCUCCCUGCGACUCGGAAAUCUACUGCAUCGGAAACCUGCUCAAAGAGAUUGAGCUCGCGAGACCCUUCGUGGACUCCAAGACGUUCGUUGAUCUGCCGACGAUUCGUCCGCUGAACGAAGUUCUCGAGGCUUUCAGCAAACUUGAAAGGCCCAUCCAGAACAACACCGCCCUAAACGAUUUCCUCAAGACGUAUUUUGGCGAGGCUGGCUCCGAGCUCGCCGAAAUCGACCCUAACCAGCUUGAAACCCAACCGGAAUUCCUGGACAAUGUCAACAGCAGCACCGUCAAAGACUUUGUGCGCCAGGUCAUUGACAUCUGGCCUGAUUUGACGAGGAAAUAUGCUGGCUCUCCCAACCCCAACUGCACCGAGUGCGUCGACUCCUUCUUGCCCAUCGCACGCCCCUUCGUGGUCGCUGGCGGUCGCUUUAGGGAACCCUACUAUUGGGACUCGUUCUGGGUCAUCGAAGGCUUGCUGCGAACCAAGGGCUCCUUCACCGAGAUCGCAUACAACAUGAUCGAGAACUUCCUCGACUUCGUCGACAGAUAUGGCUUCGUCCCCAACGGAGCGCGCCUCUACUAUCUCAACCGCAGCCAGCCGCCUCUGCUCACUCAGAUGAUCCGCAUCUACAUCGAGCAGACACACAACAGCACCAUUCUUCAACGAGCCAUGCCCUUGUUGGAGAAGGAGUACGACUUCUGGGUCAAGAACCGGACCGUUGAGCUCCAUCGCGGAGGCAAGACCUACUCGCUCAGUCGUUAUGCUGUACUCAACACGGAGCCGAGGCCCGAGUCUUACCGUGAGGACUACGUUACCGCGAACAAUGUCUCCUAUUACAACAAGAAGGGCGAGGUCUUCAAUGGAUCGAUUCCACUUGAUCCGGCGCAGAAGGCGCAGCUGUACGCCAACCUCGCAUCGGGCGCGGAAAGCGGCUUCGAUUACUCGGCACGGUGGUUGAGAAAUCCCAACGACGCCAUCAGCGACACCUCGUUCCCGCUCCGCUCGCUGAACACGUACAACAUCAUUCCCGUAGAGCUCAACUCCAUUCUCUACGCCAACGAGAAGACCAUUGCCAACUUCUACCGCUCCCUCGGCAACUACACCGCCGCCAAGGAGUGGGCCAACCGCGCCGACGCCCGGCAAGAGGCCAUGACGGCCAUCUUCUGGGACGAAGAGCAUUUUGGCUACUUUGACUACAACCUCACCUCUGGCGCAAAGGCCAUUUACGUACCAUCGGACCGGACGGCACGCCAAAGCGACACAGAGGGCGCUCCGGAGGGUUACCAGAUCUGGCAAUCACCAACCCAAUUCUACCCCUUCUGGACGGGAGCCGCGCCGGACGAGCUCCUCAACAACGCCAGCUCCGUCCGCCGCGCCUACCGCCGCAUCAGCGAGGAACUCGAUGCGAAGGCCGGUGCCAUCUCCGCCUCCAACCUCAUCACUGGCCAGCAGUGGGAUGAGCCCAAUGGUCUGCUGAACACGCCCGUCGAUGAGAACGAGGGCUCCGACGAGGACUACGUGUGGACGCAGGAGUUGGCGCUCCGCCUUGCGCAGCGCUAUCUCGAUUCGACGUUCUGCACGUGGAGGGUCACGGGAGGCUCGACGCCAGAGUUCCCGAAGCUCGAGGGUGUGCGAGAGGGGUCGAAUGGGACCAUGUUUGAGAAGUAUAGCGACAACUCGACGAACGCGGCUGGUAGCGGCGGCGAGUAUAAGGUCGUCGAAGGCUUCGGCUGGACCAACGGCGUCCUCAUCUGGAUCGCAGACGUCUUCGGACAGUCGCUGAAGACACCCGAUUGCGGCAACAUUACGGCGGCACACAUUGCGCCCCAGGAGAAGAGGAGCCUGACUGCUAGGAGCGCGGUUCAUCUGGCUCCGAGGGAUGCGGCGUGGACCAAGAAGUUUGGGAAGAGGGCGCAGUAA